UUCAUUUUUCUUGUUGGAAUCGCACAUUCCAUGUAUUUUCGAACACAAAUACACAAGCUUACUUUCCUUUAUCUAAAAGAAAACCAAAAUAAAAGCAAGACGUUCAACCAAAACGGAAAGCCAACACAAUUUUUUGUUUCUUUUAUUCAUUCUUUAUGGUUGAAUACAUAUAGUUUUACAUUUUACGAUCUUAAUAAUAACAAAAAUAUUGGUUUCUUUGAUUGGAUCCUUAUAUUCAACCUCGUCCGCUGUCCCUCCAAAACUUUUACCAAUUGCAAGAGAGAACAGUUGGAUUCCCCAUUUCAUUGGGCAAAGCUCUUUUCUUUUUCUUUUAAUUUUUAUCAACAAGACCGGCGGCAUUGAAUCCAUUCAUCCGUUGAUUUAGGAACCAAUUCAAUUAAAUUAGAUCAGAUUAGAUCUCCCAACACUAAGACAAAGACAAAGACGAAGAUUGGGUAAAGCCCUUUUCUUUUUCUCUUGCUGCCCGCCAGAAUCCUCUGCUUCCUUUCUCCAUAUCUAUAUACAUGCUGGCAUCACUUUGUCAUAUUCUCCAUUUAAUUUUUUCCGCUUCAAAUUUAUCUGCUGCCAAUCAUUCAACGUGGGCUCCAAGGCCCUUGCUAAAGGAUACCAGAGAAUGCGCAUAACAGUGUUGCAGGAAACUACUUUUAUUUUCAAUAUCUACUCUUAGCUAAGCUCAAGUUCUCUACUGCAAGUUGGUUUUUCUAAAGGGGAUCACAUAUCUAAACCAUGGGAGAGUGGGUCAUUGGAGCAUUCAUCAACCUCAUUGGCAGUAUUGCCAUCAACUUUGGGACAAACCUUCUUAAAUUAGGUCACAAUGAGUGUGCGGUGAAACAUUAUCAAAUGUGAACAUCAAAAUUUGAUGCUAUACCUCAUUAUUCAAGAGAAAGACAUUCCAUAAUGGAUGGUGAACGAAUAGCUGGAAAGAAUUCAUUGAAGCCUAUCAUAUACUUUCAAACUUGGAGAGUCGGUAUUCUCUUUUUCAUUCUUGGGAAUUGCCUGAACUUCAUUUCCUUUGGUUAUGCUGCUCAGUCACUGCUCGCAGCCUUGGGAUCUGUUCAGUUUUUAUCCAACAUUGCAUUUGCUUACUUCGUGUUAAACAAAAUGGUUACUGUAAAGGUACUUGUAGCAACUGCAUUUAUAGUUCUUGGAAAUAUUUUUCUUGUCGCCUUCGGCAACCACCAGUCUCCUGUUUAUACACCAGAACAGUUAGCGGAGAAAUACAGCAACAUAACAUUCCUUCUUUACUGUCUGAUUUUGAUCUUAGUUGUUGCAUUAUAUCACUCUAUCUACAGGAGAGGAGAACUUCUCCUUACUGUUUCUGCUCAAGACCUUAGACCAUAUUGGAACAUGCUGCUUCCUUUUUCAUAUGCUGUAGUUUCAGGUGCUUUAGGAUCAUGCUCAGUGUUAUUUGCAAAAUCUCUCUCUAACCUUCUAAGGUUGGCGAUGUCCAAUGGUUAUGAGUUGCACAGCUGGUUCACAUACUCCAUGAUACUUUUAUUUCUUAGUACGGCUGGAUUUUGGAUGGCAAGGUUGAAUGAAGGGUUGUCACUCUUUGAUGCAAUCCUUAUUGUUCCCAUGUUUCAAAUUGCUUGGACUUUCUUCUCCAUUUGUACUGGAUUUAUAUACUUCCAGGAAUAUCAGGUGUUUGAUGCACUGAGGACAACAAUGUUCAUACUAGGAAUGCUGUCUGUGUUCAUAGGCAUUUGUUUAUUGGCACCUGAUGAGUUAAGAGGUGGCGAAGUAAAGGAUAAUGCACAUCUAGAUUCUAUUAUGUCCUCCAGCAAUUCGACUGAAACUGACAGGUUGAUCUUAUUAUCUGAAGAUGCACAAAAUAAAGAGAUAAAAUCAUUUACACAAGGAACGAUGAUGAAGAUCACUGAUAUGCUGGCCAAGGCAAAGACAACAUGCUCUUUAUCACUAGGUUUUGGAGUGGAUUCCAUCAAUGCAUCUGCAGUUCUUGUAAUGCCUAUGGUAUCAUCAAAGGCAACAGGCUUUAGAGGAAGUGGGUUUGAUCAGAGUCGGAUAUUCUCCAUGAGAAAUUCUAGUUGGAGUAGAGUUGCAAUGGAUGAAAAUAGUGCAAAGAUGUUGAAUGGAGGCCCAGUGCUCCCUCAAAGCCUCAGAUAGGGUUGGCAAUGUCAAUGAACAUUGAUCUUUUUCUUUUCUUCUCAUCCUAGUAGCAUGGGAUUGAUUUGUUCGUGUGCGAUUUGUUAAGCUUAGUCUUGCUCAUAGAAACCUCACACUCGUGUUUCUACAUUGUAUAGUCUUGCUUACUUGAUCAGAAAGAAAGGAAAUACUCAUUUUUGGAGUCUGUAAUUAAGUAAAAGCACACUGAUGGACAACUGUGCCCUUGUCGGGUUAUUCCAAAACAUUUUAUCGAAGUUAGCAACAUAUUUGUGUCAUGACGAGUUCUUGCAUCCAUAUUGCAUCUACAUC